AGGUCCUUACAGGGGUCUGCGGUGUUUCACAAAAGAGGCUAGCGACGGCUGCGUUUGGUACCACUGUUGUGCUUUUCUGUUACUAUAAAACUGUUAUUAUCCAAUAUCCCUUAAAAACGCACGGAUUGCCACCUGCGUACCUCGUUCGUGGGGCAGAGGAGGGUAAACACAGUCAACUAUGAUUACUUCUGCCGCUGGAAUUAUCUCGCUCCUUGAUGAGGAGGAGCCACAGCUCAAGGAGUUUGCUCUUCACAAGCUAGAUGCCAUUGUGAAUGACUUCUGGGCUGAAAUUUCUGGAUCUGUUGAUAAAUGUAACGAGGUCCUGUAUGAGGAUGAGACCUUUAGGAGCAGCUUUGCUGCCCUGGUGGCCUCAAAGGUUUUCUACCUUGGAGCCUUUGAGGAAUCUCUGAACUAUGCUCGUGCUGGAGAGCUCUUCAAUGUCACGGAUGAAUCAGAAUAUGUGGAAACCAUCAUUGCCAAAUGCAUCGACCACUACACCAAGCUGCGGGUGGAGAAUGCCGAGCUGCCAGAGGAGGAGGAGAAGAAAGCAUCGACCCCCGUCUUAGGCAUUGUCAACAAGAUGUUCCUGCGAUGCCUAGAUGAUCACAAGUACAAGCAAGCGAUUGGCAUCGCCCUGGAGACAAGGAGGCUUGAUAUGUUUGAAAAGACCAUCCUAGAAUCGAAUGACGUGAGUGGCCUCCUUGCCUACAGCCUGAAGGUCUGCAUGUCCCUGAUGCAGAACAAGAAGUUCCGUAAUGAAGUGCUGCGUGUGCUGGUUAAGCUAUACAUGAACUUGGAGAAACCUGAUUUCAUCAACGUGUGUCAGUGCCUGAUAUUCCUGGAUGACCCACAGGCUGUGAGUGACAUUCUGGAGAAGCUAGUAAAAGAGGACAACCUGCUGAUGGCCUAUCAGAUCUGCUUCGACCUGUACGAGAGCGCCAGCCAACAGUUCCUGUCUUCUGUCAUCCAGAACCUAAGGACAGUGGGAACACUCCCUUCAGUCCCAGGCUCUACCAACACAGGCACUGUGCCCACACCAGAAAAGAACAGUGAUGCUAUGGAGACGGAAGAGAAGGCUGGCAGCUCCCCAGCAGGAAAGCCUGCAGAAAUUAAAGAUGAACCCAAAGACCAGAACGCCAAGAUGAUCAAAAUCCUCAGCGGGGAGAUGGCCAUUGAGCUACACUUGCACUUCCUCAUCAGAAAUAACAACACAGAUCUAAUGAUCCUCAAAAACACAAAGGAUGCAGUUCGAAAUUCGGCUGUGCACACAGCAACAGUAAUAGCAAACUCCUUCAUGCAUACAGGAACUACAAGCGACCAGUUCCUCAGAGAAAACUUGGAAUGGCUUGCGAGAGCCACCAACUGGGCAAAGUUCACAGCCACAGCAAGUCUGGGUGUCAUCCACAAGGGUCACGAGAAGGAGGCUCUCCAGUUAAUGGCCACCUAUUUGCCCAAAGACACCUCUCCUGGCUCAGCCUACCAGGAGGGAGGAGGCCUGUAUGCUCUGGGACUCAUUCAUGCCAACCAUGGAGGGGACAUCAUUGACUACCUGCUCAGUCAGCAAAACGCGAGCAAUGAUAUUGUCCGUCAUGGUGGUGCUCUUGGCCUUGGGUUGGCUGCAUUGGGCACAGCUAGACAGGAUGUUUAUGUCCUGAAAUCAAACCUGUACCAGGACGAUGCUGUAACUGGUGAAGCUGUGACUGCCCUGGGUCUGGUCAUGCUGGGCUCCAAGUCAGCCCAGGAUGAGGACAUGGUAGGCUAUGCUCAGGAGACGCCGCACGAGAAAAUCUUGCGGUGGUCUGGAGUGGGAAUUGCUAUGGUCAUGUAUGGACGCAUGGAAGAGGCCGAUGCUCUCAUUGAAAGUCUCUGCAGAGACAAGGAUCCCAUCCUGCGGCGUUCUGGUAUGUACUCAGUGGGCAUGGCCUACUGCGGCUCGGGGAACAACAAAGCAAUCCGACGCCUGCUACAUGUCGCUGUGAGCGAUGUGAAUGACGACGUCAGGAGGGCUGCUGUCGAGUCCAUUGGCUUCAUCUUGUUCAGGACCCCUGAGCAGUGUCCCAGUGUAGUGUCUCUUCUGUCAGAGAGCUACAACCCUCAUGUGCGUUGUGGUGCUGCCAUGGCUCUGGGCAUCUGCUGUGCUGGGACAGGCAACAAGGAGGCCAUCAAUCUCCUGGAGCCCAUGACCAACGACCCAGUGAAUUACGUGAGACAGGGCGCCCUCAUCGCUUCUGCCCUCAUCAUGAUUCAGCAGAGCGAGGUCACCUGUCCCAAGGUUAGUGCAAAAUGAACCAUUUUCAGGCAGCUUUACUCGAAGGUGAUAAACGACAAGCAUGAUGAUGUCAUGGCCAAGUUUGGGGCCAUCCUGGCUCAGGGAAUUCUUGAUGCAGGUGGACGUAAUGUGACCAUCUCUCUACAGUCCAGGACGGGUCACACACACAUGCCAUCUGUGGUCGGCCUGCUGGUCUUCACUCAGUUCUGGUUCUGGUUCCCCCUCUCACACUUCCUGUCUCUGGCCUUCACACCAACUGCCAUAAUUGGACUCAACAAGGACCUGAAGAUGCCUAAGGUUCAGUACCGCUCAAACUGUAAGCCCUCCACAUUCGCCUACCCACCUGCUCUGGAGGUCCCCAAAGAGAAGGAGAAGGAGAAGGUUUCCACCGCUGUUCUCUCCAUCACAGCCAAAGCCAAGAAGAAGGAGAAGGAAAAGAAAGAAAAGGAGGAGGAGAAGAUGGAAGUGGAAGUUCAGGAGGGUGAGAAAGAGAAGAAGGACGAAGAGAAGGAGAAAGAGAAGAAGAAAGAGGCAGAACCUAACUUCCAGCUCCUGGAGAACCCGGCCCGAGUGAUGCCUGCUCAGCUCAAAGUCCUCAACAUGCCCGAGACCUGCCGCUACCAGCCCUUCAAACCGCUUCAUACCGGAGGGAUCAUCAUCAUGAAGGACACCAGUGAGGAGGAGGAGGAGCUGGUAGAGCCCGUCUCAGCUCACGGUCCCAAAAUCGAGGAGGAAGAGCAAGAACCAGAGCCCCCUGAGCCCUUUGAGUACAUCGACGAGUAGGACUGCUUCUCAGAGUGAAGGCAUCAGGAGAAGUGAGAUGUCAGCAUGUCAGUCCAGCAUCUCCCCCCUCUGUUCCUCCAUCUAUCCCUCCACCUCCCCUCUUUACUUCCCCUUUUACACGUUGCUUUCCUGAUCUGGCCCCUCCUUCGUCAGGCGGGGAAUAUUUUACAUUCUCAAACUGUAUCAUUUUCUGUCCGUUCAUUAAAACUGAUAUAUAUAAAAGA